AUGGCGAGCCCAAGGAUGUCCUGCGGUAAGAACGGGAACCCCGACGAGACCAAUGCCCUGCUUAUACCCUGCAGCCUCCACAAGCACUCCAUUUCUGCACCACAUGCAACUCAAGUCAACCUACGUAUGUUGGCUGCGCCCAUGAACCCGGCCGACGUGAACCAGAUCCAAGGUGUCUACCCCAGCAAACCGCCCUUCCAGAGCGCUCUGGGCAAUGCGGAGCCCGCCGCGGUCGGUGGAAAUGAAGGUGCUUUUGAAGUCCUCUCUACUGGCGCGGGUGUCAAGAAUCUCAGCAAAGGCGAUUGGGUCAUUAUGAAGCAAACCGGCCAAGGUACUUGGCGAACACAUGCCCAGCUGGACGAGUCCCAGCUCAUCAAGAUCGAAAACAAGGAUGGCCUCACACCGCUGCAGGUCGGCACGGUCAGCGUUAACCCGGUAACAGCCUACCGCAUGAUGCGGGAUUUCUGUGAAUGGGACUGGAUGCGCGCGGGCGAGGAAUGGAUGAUCCAGAACGGCGCCAACAGCGGCGUCGGCCGGGCGGCGAUCCAGUUUGGUCGCGAGUGGGGAAUCAAGACGCUGAAUGUGGUCCGGCAGCGGAAGAUGCCCGAGGAGACCGAGGCGUUGAAAAAGGAGCUCAAGGAGCUCGGUGCUACCGUGGUCAUCACCGAGGAGGAAAUGAUGACCGGCAACUUCCGGGAUAUGGUGCAUGAGUAUACACGCCAGGGCCGGGAGCCUAUUCGUCUUGCUCUGAACUGCGUGGGCGGAAAGAACGCCACUGCGCUGGCAAAGACCCUGGCCCCUGAUUCGCACAUGGUCACUUACGGCGCCAUGUCGAAGCAGCCUGUAGCACUGCCCUCUGGACUUCUGAUCUUCAAGAACCUUUCCUUUGACGGAUUCUGGGUCAGCAAGUGGGGUGACAAGAACCCGGCCAUGAAGGAGAACACGAUCAAGGACGUGCUCCAGAUGACUCGCUCUGGAAAAUUCCAAGAUAUCCCCGUCGACAAUGUCGAGUGGAACUGGAACACCGAGGGCCCCGUGCUCUCCGAGAGUGUGCAGGGUACUCUGGGCGGAUAUCGCAGCGGAAAGGGUGUCUUCACUUUCACCGGCGGCGAUGAGUGA